UUAAGUGUAAUAAAUGAGAACUGACACGUGUUGUUCAUAUAAGAAACGUCUAAAAUAUCAUUGACAUUUGUGCAGUCAUCACAUCACAACUUUCCUUUAGUGCUUCUGCUUAGCUAAUAGUUAAGGUUGAAAAAUAAUUUUUCACACUUUCAUUCGUAAAGUUUACAUGUCCGGAGUAUUUUCUAAAAUUGUAAAAUUAAGUAAAUACAUCAAAUUUAAAGCUGUUCUCUGUAAUAAUAGUGUGCAUAUCACGCUUAACAACGCAUAUAAUUGCAGAACAUAUUCGAAUUGGGGUUCCAAAAAAAGCAAACGUAAUAUAAAAUUACAACUUUUUAAAAUGACUAAUCCAGAAGCUGAAAUUGUUUUACAACCGUUGAGAAUUUCAGUUCAAGAUCAAGGUAAUUUAGUUCGCAAAUUAAAAGAAUGUGGUGCACCAGAGAUUGAUGUAAAAAAGGCAGUAUUGGAACUGAAAGCAAGAAAAAAAGUAUUGGAAGAUAAGGAAUUAGAACUUGCACCUAAAUCAGCCACUUUUGAUCGUGCUAGACUUGAAGAUUUACUAAAACGACGAUUUUUCUACGAUCAAAGUUUUGCUAUUUAUGGUGGAGUAACUGGCCAAUAUGAUUUCGGUCCAAUGGGAUGUGCAUUAAAAUCGAAUAUUUUAAAUUUAUGGAGAAAAUUUUUUGUUUUAGAAGAGCAAAUGUUAGAAGUUGAUUGCUCAAUUUUAACUCCAGAACCAGUACUCAAAGCGUCUGGACAUGUGGACCGUUUUGCGGAUUUGAUGGUUAAAGACCUAAAGAAUGGUGAAUGUUUCCGUCUUGACCAUUUAAUUAAAAAUCAUUUAGAAAAAUUGAUGUCGGGCAAAGAUGUAUUACAAGAAACGAAAAAUGAAUACGAAGAUAUUAUUGUAAAACUAGAUGGUAUGACUCCAGAGGAAAUAAAUAACGUAUUUAGAAAGUUUGAUAUUAAAUCACCAAUAACUGGAAAUGAUCUGUCUGAUGCAAUUGAAUUUAAUUUAAUGUUUUCAACUCAAAUUGGCCCGACUGGAUUAGUAAAAGGUUUUUUAAGACCAGAAACAGCUCAGGGAAUAUUUGUUAACUUUAAGCGCUUGCUUGAAUUUAAUCAAGGAAAAUUACCAUUCGCAGCAGCACAAAUUGGCAAUGCAUUUAGAAACGAAAUCUCUCCAAGAUCUGGUUUGAUUAGGGUUCGAGAAUUUACGAUGGCUGAAAUUGAGCAUUUUUGCGAUCCGAAUAAAAAGGAUCACCCGAAAUUUGUAGAUGUUCGUUCCAGAAAAAUUUUAUUGUAUUCAGCUUGCAAUCAAAUGGAUGGAAAAAGUGCUGAAAUUGUUCCUAUAGGAGAAGCCGUUGACAAAAAACUUGUCGCUAAUGAAACAUUAGGCUAUUAUAUAGCACGUAUUCAUGAAUUUUUAUUGAAAAUUGGAAUAAAAUCAGACCGUUUAAGAUUUCGCCAACAUAUGAACAAUGAAAUGGCUCAUUAUGCAUGUGACUGUUGGGAUGCUGAAUGCUUAACGAGCUACGGAUGGAUUGAAUGUGUUGGGUGUGCCGAUCGUUCAGCUUACGACCUAACGCAACAUACCUCUGCUACAAAUGUCAAGUUAACUGCUGAAAAAAAACUUCCAGAACCUAAAACCAUAGACGAAAUAAAAGUUGUACCAAACAAGGCUGCAAUUGGAAAAGCAUUUAAAAAAGACUCGAAAUAUAUUGUAGAUUUAUUAUCCAAGCUUUCACUUAAUCAAGUAGAUGAGAUUAAAAGUGAAUUACAUUCGAAAAGUUCGUAUAGUCUCGUAACAACAGAAGGUCCGUCAUAUACUUUAACCAAUGAAAUGAUUUCUGUUGAAAACUCUAGACGUACUGUUCAUGUAGAAGAAAUAACUCCAAGUGUUAUUGAACCAUCUUUCGGUAUUGGUCGUAUAAUGUAUUCUUUAUUAGAACAAAGUUUUGAAAUGCGUGAAAAUGAUGAACAAAGAUGUUAUCUAACCUUACCAGCCAUUAUUGCACCUAUUAAGUGCUCUAUUUUGCCGUUAAGUAACAAUCCGGAAUUCAAUCCAUUUGUAAAAGAAUUAUCAACCAUUCUUUCACGUUUGCAAAUUUCAUAUAAAGUCGAUGAUUCUAGUGGAUCAAUUGGCAGAAGGUAUGCACGUACCGAUGAAAUAGCAAUUCCUUAUGGAAUUACUAUAGAUUUCGAUACCAUCAAAUCUAAUACAGUUACAUUACGAGAACGUGAUUCGAUGAAACAAGUGCGCCUUGCGAUUGAAGAGAUUGGUGAAAAUCUUAACAACCUAUGCAACGGACAAGAAACUUGGAAUAAAAUAAUGGAAAAAUAUCCCUUAUUCGAACAACAAGAAUCAAAAUAAAAAAUUUGAAAAAAAAAAAUUAAGAAAAUAGUUGAAGCACUCAAUUUAAAAUAACUGAUUUGUGAAAUUUAUUUAAAUACAUGCAUUAAAAUUAUUUAAAUUAAAAAAGUA